UCGGCACAAUCCUCAAUUUUCUUUUUAAAAUUUCUAGCCACGGCAAGCCCUGCGCACAAUCUUCGUUGUUCUUUAGCUUCAUUUUGCUCCAUACAUUUUUGAGGAUAGUCGUCUUAUUGAUAUAUGUCUCUAUGUCUACUCACCUCCCACUUGUGAUUUUGAUCAUCGUGUUCGUGUGUAACAUGGAUUCUAUCGUGAUUAAACUCGCUAAAUAUUUAUUGGCAAAAGCAUAUAAAGGAUUAGGAGUAGCAGCCGUUAAAAUGGUUCAGACAAGAGAGCUAUGUGGUAAUAUCACCACUUCUGUGAAAGGGAAAUACAACUUUAAGGAGGAAUACAUAAACAGAGUAGUGUCAGAACCUGCGAUUUGGAGGUAUAGUAUGACAGAGAAUAUUUUUUCAUGGACCUUCGAGCAAGCUGAUAUUGUUGUUAAUAUGCCAUAUGGGGAUAUUAGAACUGACCUUCUAAUAUCGGGUGAUUUCCAUGGUUCUCUCAGUUUUCAUAUCCAUGAAGAGACGACACAGACGCCUGUAUCUCUGCGGACACUUGAGGGAGCUUCAUUUAUUUUACCAUUACCUAUAGGAUGCAUAAAGAAGCUCGGAAAUACUGGCCAACACAAGUUCUUGAUAACUUCCGGUGGAUCUGUUUAUGUGCUUAGCCUCAGCGACCCGUUAGUGCUCCAUUCACCAAAUCCAGUUGGAAUUAAUUUGGGAGAGAUAGCCUCAUGUACGAGUUAUAUCUGGACUGCAGAUUGUAACUUUAAUGGAAGUCGAGCAUUAAUUGGCACCAACGGCGGAGUGGCAUUAGUGCAUAUUGAAACUGGAUCAGUGUCAUGGGCUUGUCAUUUCAAGAGCGAUGUUAAUUCAGUACAACUGGAUAACUCGGAGAAUAUUGGAUUAUGCGGACUGGUAGACGGAACAAUUUUGUCUGUUGAUAUUCGGCAGAGGCCAGAAAGCAAUGCUCUGCUGCUGCCUGCACACAGUAUUCUCUUGGAUUAUGGCAAUAGUCAAUUAGAUAGUAAGAAACGAUGGUUUAAGCUUCAUGGGAAUAUAUAUUCAAAUGGCACAAUAUCAACAUCUUCGUCUAUUACAUGCUUGACAUCACUUAAGCAGCAUAACGAGUACUAUUUUUUGGCGAGCUCAUUGGAUGGAUGUAUCAAGCUUUAUGACCAUAGAAUGGUUAAUAGAGGGGCUGUACUCUCAUAUGAAGGGAAUGCAAGAUUACAUACUAGAAUUCAGCAUGUAGUGGACCCAUCAGAGAAAUUUAUCAUGACAGGUGGAAUAGACAAGAAGGUGCGGCUCUGGAGCAUCAAGUCCGGAGAACUACUAUUUGAGAAGUUGUUUAUGGAUUUUACACCCUCACAAUUCUGCUGGGGAAAAUCCAAAGACAAUUGCACAAGGAUGGCCAACAUAUAUAAUCAGCAUUCUUACUUUGGAGAAGCAUGGGUUGGUUCACCCAAUGGUCUAUACAGUUUGACAUGGUGAUAAUUUUCGUCAAAAUAGAGAAUCAGAUUGAUCAUCGGCAAUAGGUUAUCGGCAAUAGGUUGUGCAAAAUUAAUUGAAAUAUUUAGUCAUGAUAGAUUGUGGAAGGUUAACUUUCAUACUUUUUAGAAAGUUAAUGAUUGAUAAUGGAGACGUAUAGAAAAGUGUACACUAUAUAUAAUGAACAAGUUUUUAUAGUAGUUGACAAGUGUACUUUAAAUUUAA